UGCAGAUUGAUUUUUGAUCAUUUCUACAAUGUCUAAUGUAUCUGAAAGCUCCACAAGUGAGCCUCCUCUCAAGAAAAGACUAGUGUGUGAUGACUCAUCUCAAAAUGGUGACACAGAGAGCAAGAAUGGGGAUUUGCCUCCAAAAAAGGCUCAUGAACUGUCAACCAAUUCUGUCACAAGAGAUCCUAGUGACCCUAUGGCCUUGGACUACAGCAGUCCUACUCUGAACUGUAGACCGGCCUGUAGCACUGAAGCUGCCGCUGAACUGCAUGAAGACAACGCUGCAACUCAACAGGCUCCUGUGGCUGCUGCUGAUUUCUCCUGCCUAGAAGUAGUGAGAGUUUUAUCAAGCAGUGAUGCUAGCUGCUCCAUUGCGCUGGAAGCCAAACACAAGACUGAGGAUGGCCGAGUCCUUGUCCAGCUCCAGAAAACGCCAUUUGAUGCUGACAAACUGAAUGAAGUGAUCUCUGAGAAGACAACCCUGACGCAGCUCUUCCACAACGACGUCUACAGCAAACACAUGGCAGAGCUCCCACCUCACCUUAACAAGCUGCAGGUGACCAUCAUUCACCCUGCGGAGGACAAGCACUUCCAGAGGUACGAGUGGGAGGCGUGCUGCCUGGUGGAGGAGACGCCUGAGAUCUUCAGGACCUACACCAAGCCUUUCAUUGAGAGCGGUGCCCCCCACAGCAAGCAGUGGAUCUACAACAUCCUGGAUGGGGUGAGCGAGGCAGACCGCGUGGUGCUGCGAGACUCAGACCCCCAGACCGGCUUCGUGCUGCUGCCAGACCUCAAGUGGACGGGCGAGCAAGUCUCCGACCUGUACUGCCAGGCCAUCGUCAACAGGAUCACAGUCCCAGCCUCCAUCAGGGACUUGACUGGGGACUGUCUGCCGCUCCUUAGGAAUAUCCUUAGUGAGGGGACGAAGGCGAUCAGCAGGAGGUACGGGGUGCAGAAGGACCGGCUGCUCGUGUACCUGCACUACCUGCCUUCCUUCUACCACCUCCACGUGCACUUCAGCGCCCUCACCUUCGACGCCCCUGGCACGCGGUGUGGCAAGGCUCAUGCCCUCUGUGACGUCAUCAGCAACCUGGAGCAGAACCCGCAGCACUACACCCACGCCACCCUCGCCUUCACCCCCAGGGACAACCACCCACACCCUCUUGCCCGCCACCAGCGCCAGUCAAAACUGGGGGACUAGGGGAUCUGGGGAAGACUAUGACCGAGUUUUAAGUUAAGACUAAAAGCCCCCAAUUAUCCUAGAUUGUGACGUGUGGGAGCGAAGCUCGUAUUUGCAGUACAAAUAAUUAGGUUUACGUGUUCUUUUAUACCUGACACAGCGCUUGCUGGUGUAGGAACUUGUUACGGGAGCUACUGACGCGGUUCUCGACGAAGAUUUGCUUGGUUGUGACAUGACUCUGGGGAAUUAAAUUAAAGAAUGCCAUCAUUAACCGUGAACAUAAGUGUGCUCAGUCCUAACGUUAUGAGGGUCGUGCUGCGACCAGAUGAUAUAAAAAAAUAGGUCAUGUUCGCACCCAUAGGUCAAAGAAAAUGUAAUUUCUUCCGAUACGCGUUCUUGGUAGUAGAAAAAUAAUUACGAAGUGGUUUGGAGAUUAAAGGAGGAAGCGAUCUUGCCAUGUUAUAUCUAGCGUAAAUACAGAGUUGACGUUACAGGUUGUAAAAUGUACUGUACUUCCAACAACGCGUCGUCAGUGUACUAUCGCGUUCAUUUCCAACAUGAAAGUCAUGACUGAUCUAAUCAAAAAUUAUAUGAUAGGUUCUCCAUGAGAAGUAACUUGGAGAACUAAACAGAAAUGCAGUGUCAGGAUAAUUUUUCCUUUAAUCACGGUAGUUAGACCCACGAACCUGCCACACCCAGCUGGCUAACCUGCUGCAAAUGGCUCUCAAAAAAUGGAACAGAGUUGCCGCCCAUUUGAGCCACUUGGUUUGCUGGGGCGCAAAAGCCACGAUUAUGCAUUGAUUAAAGAAUAAAAUGGAUGGAAUGAAAGUCCGUUGACCAGAAGGUUUAAUUAUAGCUUUUUCGAGGCGCACUUUGUACAGCUUAGCACAUCUAGUAUCUAAGAGCAUCAAAAUGCUAGUUCCUGCAAAAAGGAUUGAAUCGCAAAAAUUUUGAUAGUCGCCAAACGAGGAAUGCUUUCAUGGCAACGUUUAAUCAAGUUUAAUUUUCAUGGCAACGUUUAAUUAAGUUUAAUCAACUGCUGUACCCGCGCUGAUCUUAUUAUGAACCCGCAAGCAGCCAUUCCACGCGAGGAUGUUUGAAUCUUCAAUCGUUUUGCUUCGCGGGUAGUUUCAUGUUUAGAAAAAUAGAUCAUAGCUACAUUAGACUUACAAAUAAACUACUUCUGGAGACU